CGUGUCACAUCUUCAUCUUCUUCACUUUACCAAAUCUUAUCGAGUCUUCUUUUUCUCUUUUUUUUUCUCAAAUUCUGGAAUCUACUUGUUUCCUUUGAAUCUCUGAUCCAGCUUCUUUCUUUUCCUUUGAACCUCGAAUUCCUCAAAGUCGCACACGACUAUGGAAGUCUUGUCGCUUGACUCACUACCCGUGGGGUUCAGAUUUAGUCCAACGGACGAGGAGCUAGUCCGUUACUAUCUCCGUCAAAAGAUCAACGGCCGUGAUGAAGAAGUCAGAGUUAUCCGUGAGGUCGAUAUCUGCAAAUCGGAGCCAUGGGAUUUGCCUCGUAUAUUUCUUCAUCUCUCUCUUUUUAGAUUCUCAGAUCGAUCUAUUGUUUAUUUUGAUGAUGUUGAUUGUGUUGGCAGAUUUGUCUGUGGUGAAGACAACAGACUCGGAGUGGCUCUUCUUCUGUCCAAUAGACCGGAAGUAUCCUAGCGGAGGUAGGAUGAAUCGAGCCACCCUUGCUGGCUACUGGAAGGCGACUGGGAAAGACCGUAUGGUCAAAACAGGCAAGAAGAUUAUAGGCGUUAAGAGGACUUUAGUCUUUUACAAAGGUCGUGCUCCUAAAGGGACACGAACCUGUUGGAUUAUGCACGAGUACCGCGCAACUGAGCAGGAUCUUGAUGGAACAAAGCCUGGCCAGAACCCAUUUGUGAUAUGCAAAUUGUUUAAGAAGCAAGAUGUUGUGCAUCCGGAAGAUUUGAAGUCAUGUGAAGUGGAACCAGCAGUCUCAUCUCCAACUGAAGUGUCUGAGGUUUCUCUGGCUUUCCCUAAAACCGAAGAGACAAAGCCUUCUGAUGUCGCAGAAUCUUCUUCCCUUGGAGUCUCCGGAGAGUGUCAUAGUGAAGUAUCUGCUCCUGAGGUUACAACCUCUGAGCAGCUUGACAAUAUCGAUUGGACCUCAUAUCUGGAGUUGGAGACUCUGGAUUACAAUAUUUUCUCUCCGUUGGACUCUCAGUUGCAAUCUGAGCUUGGAACCUCUUUCAAUGGUUUCCCUUCUGGCUCAACCGAGCUGUUCAGUAACCAGGAUGAAGCUCCUGCUCAGGCUCAAGCUCAGGCUCAGUACUGUUCAAACGACAUCGACCAAUCUAUGUUUGAUCUCUUGGAUUCGGUUCUUGAGUUUCCUUAUGAGUUUCCAGAGCAGAAACAUGUAGUUCAACCGACGCCAGAAAUUAUGACAUAUGAGCCGCGUAGUCUUGUCGACACUAGCAACAAGAUCAGUAACGAUGUGCCCGGAACAGGUAUCAAGAUUAGGGCGCGACGGGCGCAAGCCCCUGGUGGGGCUGAGCAGUUUGGAAUGCAGGGCAAUGCGUCGAGAAGGUUGCGUCUUCAGGUUAACCACAAGUCAGAAGGUGAUAGUCCUCAGCACCAAUGUAUCAAGCAAGAGGUCAAGGAUACAGCGGAGGAAACUGUAACUAAGGGAUGUGGAAGUUUCAUGAGAUCAAAGAGCAGCAGCAUAUUCAAGAAUAUUGCAGCUAUGGGAGGUUCAUACAGAGGGCUUUUCAAAGCGGGGGUGGUUGCGGUUGUGUUUGCUGUAUCGGUUUGCAGUCUAACCGGAAAAUUCGGCUGAAGCUUAUGCUUGUUGGUCAAGUCAAUAAAAGAAGGAAGGUGGUUUUUUUUUUCCUGGUUGAGAGGGCGGGUGGUUUGUAUGUAUGGGACUUGGCCUGGUUCUGCAUCUGUUUUUGUUGAUGUUGCUGUUGUCGUUAUUGUUGGUUUAAGCUUAACGAGGCCGGUUUAGGAGAGUAGUGGUUAACUUGUAUGGAUCAUAAAUUAUAGCUAUGUUUUACAUGUAAGAGGUAGCCUAAUGCUCUUAGAAAUUUUUCUUUUGCUCGACAA